UAUUACGUCUCGAUGUGUCAGAGGGAGUCAGGGCGAGUCUUGACUGCAGACAUCGUCGAGUAGCAACCAGGAUGCGCAUCAAUAUGAAGAGAAACCUUCGCAUUUCUCCAAACGAUUUAUCAUCGACAAACUUGUGACAGCUCAGAUCAACACACACGAGGGAAACCAGCGAGCAAAGAACUGACGUGACAGUUUUGAUUUUGAGGCCUCUCGACAUUUUUCUGCUCUUCAGUCCUUUUUACUCUAAGAGUCCAUCCUCAGCCCCCGACGUGAACCAACCAUGUCCGGGAAGGAGCGCAGCCCCCGCCACCGGCCGUGGUCGGUCUACCGGGCCAACACGUUUGAUCUCUCAGCUGAGAUGAUGGGGCUGGCUCUCUUGGGCAACAGUCAGGAUCCAGACGAGCCUGUGCUGGAGUUCAGCGUGGCCUGCAGCGAGCUGGUCACUCCCUCUCUGGACCGUAAGCCAACCAGCUUCGUCGCCGUCAGCUGCACCACUCCACCCCAGGCCUUCUGGACCAAGCACGCUCAAACUGAAAUCAUAGAGGGCACCAGUAACCCUAUCUUCCUGAGCAGCGUGGCGUUCUUUCAGGACUCUCUGAUCACUCAGCAGACUCAGGUCAAGCUUUCUGUCUAUGAUGUAAAGGACCGCACACAGGGCACGAUGUACAUGCUUGGUUCGUCCAUGUUCUCUGUGAAAGAGCUGCUGCAGGACAAACACCACAGACUGCACCUGACUCUCAGGUCAGCGGAGAACGAGCGUGUGGGGAACAUCACCGUCAUCGCCUGGCAGAUAGAGGAGAAGCGCGAGCAGAGAGCUCCUGUUGCAAGGUUACAGAGAGGAGACACUGUUAAUGGAAGGAUGGUUCUCCCUGUUGACGAAAGCCUGACUGAAUCCAUGGGUAUUAGAUCCAAGUCUUCAUCUCUGUGUAAAGACCCUCUGCUAAAGGCUGUUUUCGGGGGCGUCAUGUCGCGAACGUACCGGUUCCCCACCACGGAUGGCAACCACCUUCGGAUCCUGGAGCAGAUGGCGGAGAGCGCGCUCUCCCUGCAUAUUCCUCGACAGUUUGUGAAGCUGCUGCUGGAGGAAGACGCUGUCAGGGUGUGUGAGCUGGAGGAGCUGGGUGAGCUGUCCGCGUGCUGGGAGAACCUCAGGAGGCAGAUCAUCACGCAGUAUCAGACCAUCAUCCUCACCUACCAGGAGACCAUAAGUGACCUGCACGAAUACAAAGGUCCGUCAUUUAAAUCUAGUACGUUGAAAGCUGAGAGGAAGUUGGAGUUUAUUCCUACUAACCUGCAUAUCCAGAGGAUGAGAGUACAGGGAGAGACUGGCUAUGACCGGACAUACGAUGUUGUGACCAUCGGUGCUCCUGCUGCACAUCAUCAAGGCUUUAAAGGCUGUGGCCUCCGAAAACUGCUGCACAAGCUGGAAGAAGCCAGGAAACACACUUACGAGGAGGAAAGCUCUGCAGGCUCUGGUUCUAAAGUGAUGGCGUACCAGCCUCAGGAUGUUGUGAAAGCAAAGGAGCUGAUUGGUCAAAUAAACACUCUGAAGACACAAGUGUGUUACUACACCGAACGUCUGUCUCGGGCCGCCAAGGAGCGCUCAGCCAACGCUCUGGAGAGAACCCUGGCCAUCCUAACAGAGAAGACUCGUCAGUUGGUGACCGUGUGCGACUCCAAGCUGCUGUCCACAGCCAUCCUCGCCCUGGCAGCCGCCCGCCCAGAGUUGACUCAGCGAAGCACCCCAUCCCCGUCCUCCUCCUCCCUCUCACCCUCAUCACGUUCCCCAUCACGCUCCCCCUCCCGCCACCCGACCUCCCCAUCUCGUGCUGCCACCUCGCCCUCUCGCCAUGUGGCUCCACCGGAGGGCAGCGAAGGGAGUAAAAACAAGCGUGCUUCCUUGCAGGCAGAUUUGCACGAGGAGGAGUGGGAGAAGGUUUGGCUAAAUGUUGAUAAGAGCCUGGAGUGUGUGAUCCAGAGGGUGGACCGGCUGCUGCAUCGGGACAAAAUCCAGAGCGACAGCAGCUCUGAGGACGUCUUCCUGCUCGCCAACGAGGAGCCGAGCAGCACUAAGAAAGAUAUCAGCCCAGAGGUAGAAAAGGUGGAAAAGACGUCUCCAGGUGAAUGGAGCGAGGCUUUGUACCCACUCCUCACCACUCUGACGGACUGUGCGUCUCUAAUGAGUGACAAAGCCAAGAAGGCCAUGGUGUUCCUGCUGAUGCAGGACAGCGCCCCCACCAUCGCCAUGAGCCUCACCCUGCAGUAUCGCCGCGACGUCGUCUUCUGCCAGACGCUGACGGCACUGAUCUGCGGCUUCGUCAUCAAGCUGAGGAACUCUCUCUGUGACUCGGGCUUCCUCAGGCAGCUACACACCAUCGGCUUACUGGUGCAGUAUGAGGGCCUGCUCAGCACCUAUGGUGAGGAGCUGGCCAUGUUGGAGGACAUGAGCAUCGGAGUGAUGGACCUGAGAAAUGUCACCUUUAAAGUCACCCAGGCAACUACGGGCUUUGCCCCAGACAUGCUGCCGGUGAUCACGGGAAACAGAAGCGGCUUCAAUGUCAGGGUCCCGAUGCCCGGGGUGAUGUUCGACACUCUGCCGCGAGAGAUCCAGAACGGGAUGCUGCUGCGCGUACAGCCUGUCCUGUUCAACGUGGGGAUCAACGAACAGCAGACGCUGGCUGAGAAGUUUGGAGACACGUCACUACAAGAGGUGAUCAACAUGGAGAGCAUGACUCGCCUCAGCUCGUACUACGACCAAUUUAAAGAAGUCCUGCCAGAAGACUGCCUGCCUCGCUCCCGCAGCACCACCAGUCUGCCCGAGCUGCUUAAACAGCUGAGCCACAGCGUGAACGCCAAGAAAAGCAAGAACGUGGAGAUUCUGUGGCAAGCAGCCGAGGCAUGUCGCCGCCUGAAUGGAGUGCGUUUCACCAGCUGUAAGAGCGCCAAGGACCGCACGGCCAUGUCCCUGACCCUGGAGCAGUGUCAGAUCCUGCAGCAGGAGCACGCCCUCGCCCCACAGGUCUUCUACCAGGCCUUGGACUGUAUGCGCAGCGAGGGCUGCAGGAGAGAGAACACCAUGAAGAAUGUGGGAUGUCGUAAAUACGCCUUUAACUCUCUCCAGCUCAAGGCCUUCCCCAAACAAUACCGCCCUCCAGAGGGGACGUACGGGAAAGUUGAGACCUAAGCGGACUCCUCGAGGCGGAGGAACACCAAAAGACUGACGGGGAUAAUGAUGAUAGCACCACACGAAAAUACCAAACACAAACUGGAACAACAGCCCUUUGUUUUGUGCUUAGUCACUGUUAAGAUGAUUAAUGUCCAAGUGCCAGUGCUACUGUAGAUUGUUUUAUAGCAGUUUCCCCCUCUCCUCCAGUAGUACUAGACUCACACUUUUCACGGCCACAUCACAGCCAGAAACAGUAACAGUGGCUUUCUGUGUGACAUCGUAGCCAGUGUGCAGACAACACUGUUGGCGCCUGUACCAGUCGUAGCAUCAGGAAGCGUUCAGCUGAGUCAUUUUAACUCGUGUCCCUAGAAAUAAGAUAUGCAGCCAUUAGAAAGAUGGUGUGGGACUCAUGUUUGUGCUUCUCCCUAAUGCUUUUAUUUUGUUUUAUCAGUUUGUCUGUUAAAGAUAAGAAGGUAUUCUGUUUCUUUUCUUAUUAUCAACAAAUCCCAUGCAAAGACCAAAACCAGCAAUGACCUUAUCAGAUGAGUACUGGCUACUGAUUCUGACGGUGCAGAGCUCCAGUGUCCUCCAAAAACUAUAGACCAAAUCAGAGUGACAUCGCUCUAACAACAACAGUCACCCAGUCAGACAACCGGCAGUUGAGUUCAGUUGUGGAGAUAGGUGAAUUUAAUUAUUAAAAAUGAUCUCUGUUGUCAUUUUCAGCCAUAGCUGCAACGUUUAAAGAUGAUAUUGUUCGACACUGUAGCCAAACCUGUCUGACUUUCCUGCUGUGCUUUUUUUAUGUACUGUGUUGCUUGGCAAGCAUCUUCCAUAAAUCAAAUUAACCAGGACGGAAGUUAAACAACAAACUACUAUGGACGGGGGCUGUGGCAAAAUAUAUUUUAGCCAUAUAAAAGAUCCGCCCUAAAAAAUCAGUAUCCAUUUAAGUGUACGCAAUAUUUGAAAAAUAUUUCCACUGCUUUACCUUAGAACCAGAAACUCCUGUGUUUUGCAAAGUAAAAUUACUGCUUUUGUCAAUGUUCUAAAUAUAGCGUACACUUAAACUGAUAUUGAUUUCUUUUUUAUAGGUAGCUAAAAGCUAUCCAGUUGAGGCAGGGUUUGUUUUGUUUACUGAGCCCUUUAAAAAACUGUGUGCGCAACAUAUCCUUAUCCAACGGUUCGUAUGAUACCUAACAAAUAACCGCACCAUGAAUGACAUUACGUACGUAAUGUAAAGUUACAUACCUGAUGUAAAGUUGCAUGGGUUGGGUUUAGGAAAAGAAAAGAUGAUGGACCUUAAAAUA